CAGACGCGACGCGUUAUUCUAGAAGCCUCGCUAGAAGCUCCAUGCCUUUCGCUUGAAGUAAUUAAUCUCUUUAAGUAUGUAUUAAAAGGUUAUGUUCCAGCCCACGAAUCUGCUCAGAGAUUGCCAGCCUCAGAGACUACAAGCUGCCCAGCCCUCUCAGGUAGUUGUUUUCGGAUAACGUCCAUCACCUGUGAUCCCUGACCAAAAGGAGACAAAAGCACACGUUUACCGGACAACAUGAUCUACGGUGAGAUAAUUCACUCCAGCCACCCUGAUCACAAGCUCAUCCUAGAACACAGAGACACACCCUACAACUGUGAUGGGUGCAAGGAACUGGGAUUUGGAUCCCGGUAUACAUGCGAGGAGUCCUGCAACUUCCAUCUCCACAAGGAUUGCGCCUCCCCUGAGGCCACCAUCACCCAUCCUUUCUUCCCAGGAUGUCUCUUCCAUUUCCACGCAAUAGGUAAGCCAGAUCGAUUUUGUGAUGCAUGCGGCCGGGACAUCAAAGGCUACGUCUACCAUUGCUUCCGCAAAGGAUGGGACUUGCACCCCAGCUGCGCACUCCUCCCGCGUAUCAUCGAGGAUGGUGAGAUGAAGCUGGUUCUCCGCCGAGAGGUGACUUCCAAGUGCUACCGGUGUGGGAAGAAGGAGUUGAGGAAGGGUGCCAAAAGCUGGUCCUAUGUGUCAACAUGCAAGGAAUGUCACCUUCAUGUGGCCUGUGUGAAGGAGAUUCUGCUCGAGAAUUGGGAAAAGAAGCGCCCCCGCGAUGGCAAGUUCGAGUGCAGAGCUGAGACAGAGAACAGUCUUGCAUUAGAAAGCAGAGACUCGAAGCUUCAGAUUGUUCUCCAAAAGAAAGAAAGCAAGCCCGGGAAGCUUGCAAAGUUUACGAAGAUGCUGAAGAUUGCGAUCACUUUAAUCAUGGCUGCGGUAGUCGGAGAUCCCACUGCUCUGGUUGCCACUCUUAUCGCAUCCCUUAUCAACCAUUGACAACUUGCCAAGAAAGAGUUUGUGGUAUCGUAGAAGAUGUCAGAGAAGUUCGCAGUCGCAAAGGCUUUUUGAUUCGUUAUUGGUUUAUUCCUUUUGAUGCUUCCUCUGUUUAUCUAUUUCUAUUUGUGUAUUGUUAUUUUUGUUUCAUGCUACGGUGGACACGCUCUUUGUUAUGUACAUUAAUAUGGACUGUAAUUCUAUAAAGACGGGUCAUGCGAUCCUUUCUAUUGUUCAUCACAACAAAAGUAAUACCAGAGUUCAAAAGAAGAAA